AUGUGCCAUACCGUAAUUGCCCAGCGGAUGUGCAAGGAUUGCCGCCACAGCCUCGGCGAGACGGUCAUCGAUUUCACACGCUGUGCUCGUAAAUGCUCGAGCCCUUUCUACUGCCUUACCCCUGAGCCUCAGAUGGAGCUGUGUAACCUUUGUGUCACAACGUCGACACUGUCUACACCGGUACUCGCACCGCAUGCUCUUGAGGACACGACCACAGCAGCCGCAGCAGCAGCGGCCGCCGCAUCGGCCGGCACAAGACUUUACAAUCAUUCGAUUGGGAAGACGGUGGCCUAUCCAGGACCUGGAGUAGUCCGCCACACUGCGGCCCACUAG